CGUAAACAAUGGCGGCCGCAACCUCUGACAGACCUUACCACAUUAUCAUUUUCGGUGCCACAGGGUUCACAGGGCAGUUUGUUGUUGAGGAAGUCGCACGAUGUGCCGCGGAGACACCCGGGGACAGCUCUCUGAAAUGGGCCGUGGCCGGGAGAAGCAGACAGCGUCUGGAAGCAGUGCUGGAAAAAGCCGCAGGGAGGCUGUCUAUGCCCGAGUUAAGGACAGACACUGAGAUCAUUGUUGCAGAUGUGUCUAUUGAGGAAUCACUGGCCAUCAUGUGCCAACAAGGUGUGGUCAUUCUCAACUGUGUGGGACCAUACAGAUUUUACGGCGAACCAGUGGUGAAAGCUUGCAUAGAAAAUGGAGCUCACUAUGUAGACAUCUGUGGGGAGCCUCAGUUCCUAGAACGCAUGCAGCUGGAGUAUCACACUAACGCCUUGGACAGAGGAGUGUAUGUGAUUGGCAGCUGUGGCUUCGACUCCAUACCGGCAGACCUGGGAAUUCUCUACACACAGAGGCAGUUCAAAGGAACACUGACAGCUGUGGAGAGCUUCCUGAAAAUAAGCAGUGGGCCUGAGGGGUCGUCCGGUCAUGAUGCCACUUGGCAGUCUGCUGUGUAUGGCUUCGCAGAUAGUGGCUCUCUGCGCCAGCUGAGGAAGAAGUUUGGCCACAAGCCGCUGCCAGUGGUGGGAGCCAAAGUCAAAAAGAGGGGUUUUGUGUUUUUCAGCAAGGAGAUUGAGCAGUACGCCAUUCCGUUUAUGGGUUCUGAUCCAUCAGUAGUCAAGAGAACCCAGCGUUUCCUUUACGAGGAGGAACACCAGUCGCCAGUCCAGUACAGUGCGUACGUUGGGGUCGGCGGCCUCUUUUCCAUCGCCAAGUUCUUCUGUGGCGGCCUACUCUUCUGGGUCAUGGUUAAAUUCAGCCUGGGCAGGAAACUCCUCACCAUGUUUCCAUCAUUCUUCUCCUUUGGCUUGUUUAGCAAGGCCGGUCCAACCAUGAAGCAGAUCGAAGACACCUGUUUCAGCCUGACGUUCUUUGGGGAGGGAUACUCGGAGGGCACGGACCCCUCACAGGGACCACCCAACGCUAAGAUCUGCACUCAGGUUGUUGGAGCAGGGGAGGUGUGUACACGCCAGGAGCCGCCUUCUAUAAAACCAGUCUCAUCGACCGCCUCCAGAACCGCAGCAUCAAGUUCUCGGUCAGAAACUACCAGUAGCCCUUCAACAGUAACCAUCAAAGGUCAAACCACUUUCCAGUUAAAGUAUAUUGUAUUUAUACUGAUACCGACCUUUCAUCCAGUCAACAUGACGACUUUUUACUGAUUGUCAUUGUCGGUUUAGUAACUUCACUCUGAGAGCUGUGAUUCAUCAGAUGGUGCAGAGUGUUGCGGCUGUAGUUAACAGAGCCACUGGUGCAGAGAGAGUUGCGUUGUGUUUCUCAAGGACACUUGAGAAACCGUGUACAAACCGACUGCCACCCACUGAGGCCAGCUGUGCCUUCGCUAAACUCCUUCUCCUCUUUGUUUUCCCCCGCAAAGAAGGACCUGUUGUUUUCAGUUUCAACUUGAGAAAGUUUCCUCUCAGCACCCUGAGGACGGAUAACACUCUGCUGCUGGUUACACAUUGUUAUCUCUACGUUUAUGUAAACACUGAUGUCGUUUACUGAUACAAAUGUUAACUGCACUUGUGAAAAUAAGCAAACCUGGUUUAAUCAAACUUUAUGAAGAUAAUUAAUAAUCAUGGAAAACAUGUCUAUGAUUAUUAGAGACUACAUGCAGAUUUGUACUUGCUAAAGAAAAUGAAAAACACUAAAUUUGAGAUUGAACACAAUCUUGAGCAAAAACUAGAAAAGAUUGUUUACAGUAAAUAUUUUACCAAAUGUUUGUGCAAUGAUAUAUUUUUAAUGUAGUCUUCAAUCAAAAAUGUUAUACUUUGGUGGAGUAAUGUACUUAUUUUAUUUUGUGUUAACAUAUGUGAUUGUUGUUUGAUCCCUUUCAACAAUCGUCAUUUUUGUUAUGUAUGUGAAAAGAGAGUGAAAUACAUUUAAUGUCUGUAUGCAAUGUCUGUUUUGUGAC